CGGUAAAAGCAAGCUUCAGUUACGCGUCAAUCAAUGAAGCUUCACCAGCAGGACGCAGUGAUUUAAUAUUUUAGCGAAAUCUCAAGAGCGUGACAACCUGUCCAUUUAAGGUAGCAAUUUAAUGUUGUAAGUUUUAGUUGUGCAAUUUAACAACUAUUUUUUUUAAAUCUACUUUUCAGAUUACCAGUCAGAUCAGGAGCAAGCUCGAAUUCCAAAGGAAUGACGCAGACUCAGUACAACUGGAUUAGAAAAAUAAUAAUCAGUUUUGGGGAACACGAAGUACUAGCUAUAAUUAACAAUUCACUUGUGCAUGGUCACAAAUACAUUGUAAUGAGUUGUAUAUUGAAACAAAAACUUUCACUAUGCUUUGCAUACUGUUUUAAAAAUAUGGUCAAAUAGCACCUAAAUAAUUUAUUUUAGAUUAUUUUCACCUUUGAAGAAUAGUCACACGUUAAUCGAGACUGGAAUAUUUAAAUGAUCCUAUAAUUUUGAGUUUCAAGACAUUUUUUAAACUAUUUAAGACUGAGUUUUAGAUUUUAAGACGUUAUAAUACGGUCGAGAUCAUAAACCGUUGAUAACUAACUUGACAGUUUAUCUGAACAAUAGAACGUGCCUCCCAUCGAGCAAAUUGUCUUUAACAUUUCUGAACUUCAGCGUUACAGCUAGAGGGCGAUCGUGGUUUUGUUAACAUUGCAUGUUCUGUGCAGCAAGAGCUUAAUACGACCAAAGAACCAAACAGCUUUUAAGCUAUUUUGAUGUAUCUUCCAAAAUACAGACAAUACACUUGAUAGAUGGUUACGCAACUGGUGGAGUAAAUCGUAUGUUUCGUGGAGCACCACAGAUUAACUUUUUAAACGACUUUAAUAACUAAAACCGCGAGUUUUUGUCUCGACGUAAAACAUGAUGCAUCAAAACCCCGUCCCAGAAAAUAAACAGCGACGGGUUGUUGAAAAAAAGGUGAACUUAGAAAGCAGGAGUUAGUCUUACCAAGUUCCAUUUGAAUCGAAACUGCUUAAAGUAUUAAAAAACCCCAUUGUGAAAAUUGCAUCUACAUUAAAAAAAAUAAAGCCGACAAUAAAACACUACCAAUGUAUCGAUUUCCAUUGGAAAGUUGAAACAAUCAGUAAUGUUCUUUCAUGAGUAAUUAAAGAAGCUUCCUCCUUCGCGACUCCGAGGAACUGUGAACAACUCCGGAGCCCGGGGAUGGUGACUGGUGGGAGGUGACGUCAAUCACAAAGAGCAGAUGGAUAUCCAGGCUCCUCGCGUUCACGCUUACACGAGAAAGGCAGAGUAGGUGGAGGAGCACUGUCAGCUCUCAGCAGCAGAGUGGACAGUCAGCAAACUCAAUCCUUUUAAUCAUUGGAAAUACAACUAAAUAUCUGUAAAAUAUUUGCAGAUUUAACUUGGCGUCGCAUCAAUUCAUGGACAGCCUCUUUUUUAAAGCUGUGUGUUGCUUUGCGAAGUGGGUUGUAUUUUGACAGCUGGAGGUAUGGAAAUCUCGCCUAUCAACGUUGCUGCUGGAAGACUUUGUUGAGAGUAGAAAAAUUACUUGCAGUUUUUCUUCUAUUUCUUAUAAUUUAUGUACAAAAUGGCGGAAGGUCGGAAGGAAAGUGGACUUUAUAUUCAAGAGGUACCAGGGGAACCCGAACCAGUUGGAGAUUCCCACAAAGGUUGGGGCACGAUUGAAGAAGGCGACUUGGAAAGUGUUGGCGUGGUGGCAAGCGGGAAGACGAGCAGAAGAAGGGCCCUUUCUGCGGCUGGGGAUCGUUUUAGCCCUGGAGGAUCACCGUGCUUAGGAGCAGCAGCAACAGGAGAUGUUGAAGCUUCCCUUAUCGAGGCUUCCAAAACUACACCUCGAAGGAGCAGCAUCAUUAAGGAUUCCUCAAGACAGAGACAUGAACAGAAGAAAACGGUAUCAUUCAGUAGCAUGCCUUCUGAAAGGAAAAUUAACAGUGCCAGUGAUUGCAUUAGCUUCAUGCAGGCUGGCUGUGAACUGAAGAAAGUGCGUUCAAAUACUCGAAUAUACAAUCGCUUCUUUACUUUAGACCUUGACCUUCUGGCUUUACGUUGGGAACCUUCCAAAAAGGACCCUGACAAGGCUAAACUUGAGGUUUCUUCCUUUAAAGAGGUUCGAAUCGGAAAAAACACAGAGACUUUCAGAAGUUGUGCAGUUGUGGAUCAGAUCUGCGAAGACUGCUCCUUCUCGUUAAUAUAUGGGGAUAAUUAUGAGUCUUUGGACCUCGUAGCCUCUUCUGCAGAUGUCGCUAACAUUUGGGUCACAGGCCUACGUUAUAUUGCUUUACACGGUAAGCAGGCUCUGUAUUUGAUAGAGGGUGACCAGCAUUCGCCAAGGACUAAGUGGCUCGAUUCGGUGUUUUACGAAGCUGAUAUAGAUGGCAAUGGAAUUAUGUUAGAAGACACAGCAGUGAAAGUGAUAAAGAACCUCAAUCAAGGUUUGAAGGAGUCAAGAAUCAGACUUAAGUUUAGAGAGGUACAGAAAGAGAAAGGAAAGUUAACUACUAGGGUAACAAAGGAGGAAUUUUCUGAUGUCUACAGUAAUCUAUGCACAAGACCUGAGGUAUAUUUCUUACUUGUGCAAAUAUCCAGUAAUAAAGAAUAUCUAGAUACCAAAGAUUUAAUGUUAUUUUUAGAAGCUGAACAAGGAAUGAUACAUACAACAAAAGAAAUAUGCCUCGAUCUCAUAAAGAAAUACGAACCUUCGGAACACGGUCAGCUGCAGAGUUAUCUUAGUAUUGAUGGCUUUACACGAUAUCUGUUAUCAGAAGAAUGCAACAUAUUUGAUCCAGAACACAAUAAAGUCUGCCAGGAUAUGAAUCAGCCAUUAUCCCAUUAUUAUAUCAAUGCAUCUUACAAUACCUACCUGAAACAAAAUGAUUCUAAAAGUUCAUCUGAUGUGCAGGGAUAUGUUAAGGCCUUGAAAUUAGGUUGCAGAAGUGUUGAGAUUGAUGUGUAUAAUGGUCCAAAUAAUGAGCCACUAGUCAGUAAACGCAACAACGUGACCUCACCAAUCACUUUCAGUAAUGUCAUUGAAGUGAUUAAUAAAUAUGCCUUUGUGGCUUCAGAGUACCCUGUGAUUGUGUCUUUGCGAAAUCACUGCUCCAUAGAACAACAAAAAGUGAUGACUCAAAAAAUGAAAAAAAUCUUUGGAGCUAAAUUAUAUACACAGCAGCCAAAUUUAGCAGAAGGGUACCUCCCUACACCAGAGAAACUGAAGAAAAAAAUUAUUUUGAAGGGAAAAAAACUAGCAUCUGCCAAUGAUUUAUCAGAAGGUGACGUGACGGACGAAGAUGAAGAAGCGGAAGUUUCUAGAAGGUUGACUGAUACGUUUUUUGUUCCCAAGCGAACUAUUCGAAUGUGUAGGGAACUCUCUGAUUUGGUCACUCUGUGCCAUUCUGUGCAGUUCGUAGAUUUUCAGUAUUCAAUGAAGAACCAGAAAUAUUGGGAAGUAUGCAAUUUCAGUGAAGCCAAGGCAAGGAUAUUAGCAAAUGAUUUCCCAGGAGACUUUGUGAACCACAAUAAAAGAUUUCUGUCUCGUGUUUUCCCUGCUCUCAUGGGUAUAGAUUCGAGCAAUUUGCAUCCACAAGAAUUCUGGAAUUGUGGCUGCCAGUUGGUGGCCAUCAACUGCCAGAUCCCAGGCCCAACGACUGCCCUUAACAUUGGAUGGUUUCGUCAGAACGGCUGCUGUGGUUAUAUUCUACGUCCUGCCAUUAUGCGAGAGGAGCUGUCAUAUUUCAGUGCCUACACUGAGGGAGUUUUUCCUGGAAUCUCACCUCAGGUUCUGCACAUAAAGCUAAUCAGUGGUCAGAACUUCCCAAAGCCUAGAGGUUCUGGCACGAAAGGAGAUGUUGUAGAUCCAUAUGUUUUUGUGGAAAUUCACGGGAUUCCUGUGGACUGUGCAGAAAUGAGAACCAGGACUAUUCAUCAAAAUGGAGAGAACCCUCUAUUUGAUGAAAGCUUGGAAUUUGAAAUCAAUCUGCCUGAGCUUGCAAUGGUACGAUUUAUUGCUCUAGAUGAUGACUACAUUGGUGAUGAAUUUAUUGGCCAGUACUGUAUCCCAUUUGAGUGUCUGCAGACUGGAUAUCGACAUGUUCCUCUGUGCACAGACACUGGGGAAGAAAUUGAACUAGCUACUCUUUUUGUUCAUGUUGCCAUAACUGAUCGAAGAGGUGGCGGAAAGGCUCACAGAAGAGGCCAUUCAGUCAAGAAAGGGAAGAACACAAUAAAAUACACAAUGUUAAGGUCUAUUGGGAUCAAAGUUGUUGAUGAUACAUUCAAAGUUGCAGGCCAUCCAUUGCGAGAAGCUGCAAUUAUCAGAGAAAAUGUUCAGAUUGCAAUAGGCUCCCUUAAGGAAAUAUGUGGAUUAGGUCCCAUUGUUAGUCUGUCUCAGUGCAUACAGACCCUGGCUUCAAGAUUAUUGAAUGGUGACAACAUUUCUGUCGUGACACUCAACAUGAAGAACGGAUAUCCUUAUUUGGAACCUUUGGGGACGUUAAAUGAUGUACAAAGGAAGAUUCUGUCAUCAUAUGACCUGGUGAUACAAGAGUCAACGCACCUGAUUGAAAUGGCAAAUUCUAUAUAUGACGAGAUCAUUCAGAGUCAGAAGUCAGCACUUCAAUUUCACGAGGACCUUCAUAAUUUAGGGAAAAAAGAGGGAUUAAAGGAACGUAAGUUAAAUAGAGCAUUUGAAAGUUUCGCAUGGAAUAUCACCGUAUUGAAGGGCCAGGGGGAAUUGCUGAAAAAUGCAAAGAAUGAGGUGCUGGAGAACAUGAAACAGAUUCAUACUGCUUAUAUCUCAUCUGGACUGAGCAAGUCAGGAAGUGAAAGUGCAGAGAUGAAUUCCAAACAAAGUCUUCAGGCAAUAAAGGAAAAAGAAAAUGGAGAGGACAUUCUAACAGUCACUCGGUCCCCAAAAUAGUCACCGUGGUUUGAUUAUGGAGUCAAAUCUUUUGCUGUUUGGACAUAACAACCAAUUUAUUCCCGUGGACUAUACUGAACAUACUAACAAAGCCUUUAUACAGCAUUGGAAAGUACAGCACUAACUAUUUAAAGCACCGAGUUUUAUGGUAUAUACCACAAUAAAAUAGUUCAAGAAAAAUCAUAUUAAUGUGAUCUUUCUAACAUUCCUAAACUGCCUUUGAUCUUGCAUUUGUAGCCCAUUUAAAACAAAGGUAGCACAUACUGCAAAAUCACAAUUGGCAUGCACUUUUCUUUAUAUAUUUUUUUGAUAAGUUAUAUAGAUAUGUGCUUUUAAAUACAUUUUAAUGUGAACAUGAACAUUGUACUGUACAUUUAGUGUUAAUGCAUUAAUAUGUUCUCCUGUGCAAAAAAAUGUAUGAAAUUGCUUUAUUUUUAAAUGUUUGUUAUGUAGAUUGAGGUUUGUGUCAAAAUUGUACUGAAACAUCAUACUCUAUAAACAUUUGAAAAAAUAGAAUAGAGUUUUGAAGCUUCAGAAAAUAUCAAUAUUAAAUCUUAACAAAGGCUUACAAAAGCAAAGCAGGAAAUUGAAUUUACUAACCAAGAGGAGUAGGGACAUUGCCUUGUGACAAAUAAACAUUGUAACAAUAAUAAAAAAUCAGUUCUCCUCGAAUGUUGACUAAAGGAACCAUCUGCAACACUGCAUAUCUUUCAAUUUAUUUUCAGAUACCCUAGAUACCCCUGGAAAUUUGCAUAUCCCUUAACGAACUGGCUGCCUGAGCAGUACAUGAAUCAAGGAGAAACUUGCUUUGAUUCUUGGUAGAGUCUCCCAUACUGUAUGUACCUCAGCCAGUGUCUCAGUGUGGGUGAAAUUGGUCAUGGUUUUCACUAUCCAGUUACCCAUGCUAGACAUAUAGGUUAUGUGUGAGAACAUGAGAAAUAGCUUAUUGCUAAUCUCAGCAAAGUGAGUGAAUAUUCACUAAGCUGAAAUACAAUUUAGUGCAUAUCCUCAAAAGAAAAAAAUAAAAUAAAAUGGAAAAUAAAUUGCAUGACGUAUUUUGCAGAUGUUGUUUGAUGCUAAAACAAUAUUUUCAAGGUUGCAGACACUGACCUUUUACUUGUGUAUAAUGUUUCCAAAUAAAUGAUUUCUUUGAAAGGG